AUGACCGCCAUAAAUUCUACCAGGCCUAAAGACGUCACCUCGAAAAGAAAAUUGAUGCGGCAAAAACGAUGCCGUCGCAAAACCAGUCUGAUGAAAAAGGCAUGCGAAUAUAGUAGAAUGUGCGGCGCAGAUGUAUGCGUGGGAAUUCGAAUCCGAGAGACGGGCCAGGUACAUAUCUUAUCAGCGGAUACUUCGGGAUUUUGGGCUUUCCUUGGCUCGCAAUUAAACUCUUACUAUCCAGCCCCGAUGCUAGUGACAGAUCAGGAUAUGCAGCAGGGUGAAAAUAACACGCUGCAAAAGCCUACAUGA